UGUAAAGAUAACUCCGGCAUGUGACUAUGAUAACAUGGAUUCACUCAUGUGUUUAACAUUGCAAUGAUAUCAGCUCGACAUAAUGAUACAGAAAUGAAAAAAAGAUAAACGUCUUGAUUUUUGAUUAAUCGGAUAUGUUUCAGCCACUGAAAAUAACGUCAUGGCUGACGACAUGACAGACAGUGGGAGGCACUCUCCCUUUAUGACGCCUCCUAUCAUGCAGACGUCUAUCGCUGUGCCAAAUGCCGUCUUAACAGACGCUAGUGACGUCAUCAGGGGCUUAUCAGGGGCAUUGAUGAUACUGCAACAAGACUUUGAACAGCGGAAAAUCCAACUGGCCUUGGAAGAAAUAAACACAACGCUGGAAACUGACGACGAGGAGGGUUUGAUCUACCUAUCGGACAACCAUGUUCAUCAGCUAGUCUUCACGGCACUGGACCAUUUUCCUGACAGCCUGGCCAUCCAGCAGGUUGGACUCGAAGUCCUCUACCUGCUUUGCAAGAAGACCAAAACUCUUUUGCAGACUUCGGCCAGCUAUAAGCACAUUCACAGCUUCCUUGUAAAGCGAUUAGAUGUAUUCAAGGGAGACCAAUACGUUCAGGAAAAAUGUUUGAAAAUCCUUGCAGAGUUCUUGUUACUAGAAACGUUCCGAUCUUAUCUGUCUGAGAAGGGUCUACAAUAUGACCUGUUUGAGAGGGUUAGUCAUGCCCUACUGGUCUUCUCAGAAGCCCCCGGAGUAACCAAGGCCGCAAUGGAAGUCAUAAAGAACUGUAUCUGCCAUAAAGCAUUUUCGCCUACUUCUGUGAGAGAACAUUUUAUGGCGCGUGUUGCUGAUCACGUCAUUGAAAAUAUUCACGUCGGAGUAGACACGUCGACACAACUCAAACUUCUAUCCCUUCUAACAGGGGAGGAUGACACGCACGUUUGUCAUCUUAUUUCAAAGGACGUCCAUCUAACGUUGAUGGAAAUGUGUUUAAUCUCACUGAAUGACGUCACCAUUAUUUGUGACGCCAUGGAACUACUGGAAACAAUCAGCAGAGAUCCGGAGGUGCAGGCGAUAAUGGCAGCGAACAGUUUUGUUCAGAAUGGCCUCUUUACGAUUAUGGAUGUGUUCAAACUGACUGGGAAUGUUCAGAAGUCUGGCCUGAAAAUGAUUGAAACCUUGGUGCCCCAGAUUUUGGACAUGUCCCAGUCGAAAGCGGACGAGACUGCCCGGUUGAUUAUCAAGGCUGUAUACACGGCGAUGUCCAUACAUGUAGAUCAGGCUCACGUGCAGGUUGCCGGAUGCCGUACGCUGUCAAUAGUAUUGGAGUACCGCCCCAGUGGUCACAUGUGGAUAGGGGACAGCCAGGAUCAGAAACAGGACCCCGUGCACAACCUAGUUGUUGGGGCGUUGCUCACCUACAGAAAGGAGGCCGAAGUGUUUGUGGCCGCAUGUGAGGCCAUUUUCUGGAUAGCAGCCGACAAUGAACCUCUCUGCACGUCACUCAUGAACAAGAACGUCCACGUGGCUAUUAUUGACGGGCUGAGGCGACACCGCAAGUUGGCACGGGCUGUGGAGACCGGAUGUAGAGCGAUAAGAGGACUUUGCAUAUUCUUGUACGACCACAAGGUGUCCGUGGUUGGAGACGGCCUGUUCAGCGUAUUGACUGACCUACAGGGUCGAUACAGUGACGACGGGGCCGUCCAGAUAGAGGUUCUCAGUGCCAUAGCCUGUCUGGCCGACGUGAACGUUGUGCGGUACCAGUGUUUUAUUGAACGAAUCCCGGAGAAGAUAAUCUCGUCCAUGGCCAAGUUUCCGCGCGAGUCCAUGAUUCAGGAAGCGGGACUGGAGGCAUUCGCCGUCCUUGCUGGGGCAGAGGGCGGACCAGAGAUGCUUCUCAACUGCGGAGCAUUAGAAGCCACCCUUAACACACUCAACAACGCGCUCAAUAACAUCCUGAUUGUGAAGAAAGGUCUGAUUGUUCUCCAACUCCUGGCUUGCCCCAGCAUGGUCCUGGAUGAUCUUAACAGACAAAGAGUGGUCACUGUCAUCUGCACAGCGCUCACGGACUACACCGAGUCCAAGGGAUUACUCUCUGAGGCGUGCGUUGCAAUUCAGUUGCUUGUCGAGUCUGACAAAGAGAUCAGUCAUUCGUUUAUUGAAACAGAUUGCCACCAUCGGUUGUUCGAACUGUUAGAUAACGAAUUCGCAGGUGUUCAAGCGGUGGCCAGCGAAUGUCUGUACGUUCUCAGUCAGGAGCAGAAUCUCAAAUCCGCCAUGCUCCUUUCUGCCUGCAAGAAAGGCACACUAUCAGCCACCCAAUGUCUUCUUGAGCUGGGUGCGGAUGUGAACACAGGAGCCGACACACAUACGCCCCUUUGUCUCGCCGUGCAGAAAGCUCACGAUGAUAUCGUCAGACUGCUGCUUAGACAGGGAGUUUUAGACUUGCAUACUCCAUUGAACUUAAGUCUGGAGCAAGGUACAGACGUUGUCACCGGACUUCUUUUACAAGAGAUAGGCUACGACAGGGAGAAUGGUGUGAUAUGUUGGAAUGGCCUUAACUUACGUUCACUGGAGAAGACCUGGAUAAUAACUGCUAUCACGGACAGACAGACAGUUUUAUCAGAAACAGAGGUUGGACGCGCGUACUUGGACAAGAUUCGGUCCGGUGAAGAACGGAGACAGAAGAGAAAACUGGCGUACUCCAAAUCCGAUUCGCACCUUCGAUACCCCUAUGUCCGGCUGCGACACAAACUGGUUACAGAGCGAACACAAGAGAGGAAUAUCGCCAGGCUAGAGAGACGACUACCAAAAACGAUAACUUUAAGCAUCACCCGUUCAACCGGUUCCCGUUCGCGGAAAAUAGCUGUCCGUUCUAACAGUUUUGGUUCCCCAACGACCCAUACAGCUAGUGGUCAGACAGCACUGCCGACCAUAAUAACAACAAGUCCAGGAGAGGAGUCAGACCCGUUUGACGGACCCGCGUUUAAUAUGUCUCCAACGGAAGAAGAAGAGUGGAAGGAGUUCUCAAUCAGUGGCGCCGACGUCGCUUACCACAAGCACGACCCGCGUCAGCAACAGUCCCCAAAUGCCAAGCGUAUAAAUAUGUCAGGACAAUGGAAACGAAAGACAUCCAGACCAGGGAGUGUAUCCAGUGACGACGGCUCGAUAUCCCCGUCGUCAGUACAACUGCGAAGAAAGAUGUCUGCACCUGUUUUGUCUAACUUGGACCAUUUUGUAAUUCCACGAUGUUUGAGUAUGGUGUUAGGACAAGAUAUCGAGGAGAAUGUUCAUCUGGAAUGGUGUCGUCUGUUUUAUUUUGAUGCAUCUGAAAACGCAAUCGAUGAUUUGUCAACGUUUGUGUCGGAGGAUUUGAGGGAAUACCUCACCAAUCUAGAGACAGUGGACCUUCACAGCAACAAAAUCAGAUGCAUUCCAAACGAUAUUUACGAAAAUCUUCCUCAACUCACAAAGGUUGAUUUGUCGUCCAAUGAUAUUGGAGAAUUCCCAGUGUGUUUGCUUCACUGCAAGUUUUUGAAAGAAGUCAGACUUAGUAGAAACAAAAUAACCCGUUUUGUUGAAUUCGGCCAAGACACACCAGCAAACCACAGUUUGCGUCACCUUGAUAUGUCCAGGAAUGAGUUGGACAAGAUACCUGACACGUUUGGAGUAGCCUUUCCGAAGCUUGAAGAACUACUGCUAAACAAUAAUAAAGUGUGUACACUUCCGCCUACCCUGAAUCUACCAUCGCUUCGAACUCUCGACCUGGCUCACAACCACGUGGAGAGGAUUGAACACACUUUCUUGUCAACGUGCAAAGGGAUCGAAAUGAUCGACCUGUCUUUCAACAGAUUAACCCAACUAUUUGAUGGACCGGAUGCUGCCGAUCUUCAACUGCUAUCAAAAGUGAAGCUUCGUAACAAUCGCUUGUCGGAAAAAGCGCCAUUUUACAUACCAAGAUUUCUUCUGGAGCUUCCAAACCUUCGUGUUCUAGACAUCUGUGAAAAUGACUUGAAUGGAUUGCCUCCACUGUUGAUGUGGAAAUCUCGAACUAUGAAAGACUUUAUUGCAUCUUCAAACAACAUAACUAAGCUCGACUUGAAAGAUGCGAAAGUCUGGUCGAAACUGGAGAAGCUGCACUUGGCUAAAAAUGACAUUGCAGAAAUUCCAAAAGAAAUAGGAUAUUGUACAUGUUUAAACUCACUGGACAUCAGCCACAACGUGCGGAUCCGGUCAUUACCAGACGAACUGGGCAAAUGCUCACGGCUCUACGAGCUGAAUAUAACAAAGCUUGAACUUGACAUUAACAAAAGUGUUCUACGUGGCAGAGUGAAAGAUAUCAUCAGUUAUCUACAUAACAGACUGAAAAAGGCUCAAAGAUACUACCGCAUGAAGUUGAUGGUCGUUGGAUACGGCGGCAGGGGCAAGACAUCAUUGCUCAAGACAUUGAUGAAAAUAAAGACAAAUGAAAGGGAAGACAGACCGACUGUUGGUGUUGUGGUAAAAGAUUGGGUUUACUUCAAAAUGGAUCGGAAGAAGAGCGAGGAUAAUAGCGUCUGGUUUAAAGGAGGCGCAAGAAAAGUAGAGUACACUUUGAGCACCUGGGACUUUGCCGGACAGGAGGAUUUCUACAGCACACAUAGCUGUUAUCUCUCUAACAGGGCUGUUUAUUUGGUUGUAUUUGACUUGAGGAAGGGUGUGUCAGAAGUAGAAAAGCUGAAAUCGUGGUUGGUCAGUAUCAGAUCACGUGCUCCAGGAUGCCCUGUGAUAGUUAUUGGAACACAUUUGGAUAAAUUGUCAGAUGAAUCGCGACACGGCUCGACCUUGAAUGAUGUGAGAGAUGUUUUGAUAGAAUUCAACCAAGAACCAGGAUUUCCAACAAUCAAGAAGGCAUUUUAUGUCGACGCAUCGUCUGAUGAUGAAAAUAUGGAACAACUUAGAAACUAUAUAAAGGAGACCGUAAAUAAUCUCGACAUACGUGGACGUCGUGUGAUGGGAGAGAAAAUCCCAGCCAGCUAUGUGCACCUUGCGGACGUACUAUUAGCAAAAGCGAAGUCGCCGACAUGCAUUUAUCCUGUGCUGGACAAAAAAGAACUUCUGAAGAUGGUUAACGAACAAGCCAUUGACUUGGACGAAGAUGAAUUGGAUCAAGCCAUUCGGUUCUUGCAUGAGGCCGGUGUGGUUCUUCAUUACGACGACUCCACCCUGCAGCUGAGGGACUAUUACUUCAUUGACCCUGGUUGGCUGUGUGAACUCAUGGCCAGAAUCAUCACAGUCAAGCAGAUUAACCCUUUCAUUUCGGGAAACGGGAUUCUUGGCAAGAAAGAGAUAAAAGUACUGUUCAAAGAUAUCAAGGAAUUUCCAGCAAAGCUUAUACCACAGUACAUCAAGCUGCUUGAAAAGUUUGAGAUUGCACUUCCUCACAGUGACAAAGAGUUGCUCAUACCUUGUCGGCUUCCGAUAGAGGGUCCGAAAGUAGCCCUUCCGAACCAUAACAAGUAUUGUCGAUUAUAUAGAUUGCCUUUCGCACCAAUUGGAUUGGUGUUCAGACUUAUUGCACGGAUGAUAUCAAUCUUUUCAAGUGAAGAUUUCCAUUCAGAGAUGUUUUCAUCUGAGAAGCAAUUAGUCUGGAGGAGAGGGGUGUACUCAUUUUGGAAGGAGGAGAAGUACAUUCUGCUAGCUUAUGAACCGAGAGAUGGUAACAAAAUGGAGUGUAUACAAAUCACAGUUCCCGCGACGAAACAAGGCGUCAAGUUGCUGUGUCGAGCCGUGGACGAGAUCGACAGUCUUAUAGAUGAAUGGUACCCGGGAUUGACAAGUAUUGACCCGAUCAAGGGACAGCCCGUUCUGGAAGUAUUGACGCCCUGUACACAAUGUAUAGGAACUGACGCCGACAAACAUCUGUUUUCAAUAAAUUACCUGCAAAAAGCGGCAUCAGAGGACGACAUCGUCAGAUGCCCACUGCAUGGAGGCGAAGUAGCUUUAUCUGAACUGGCCCCAGACCUCAUCCUUGGUGAUAUCGAAGACGAAUUUAAACUAGAGCAGAAUGCGUUUACAUUUGAUGAAUUGCCAUCCAACCAGCUUGGAGAUGGAAGUUUUGGUGGUGUUUUUAAAGGCGAAUACAAAGGACAGACGGUUGCAGUGAAGCUGUUCAAAGAAAUUGCCGAUGUUCAUUCCGUGAAAAUGUUGAGACAAGAGGCGACGAUCUUACAAUCCUUGUGCCAUCCGAGUGUCGUGGCCCUCCUGGCGGUGGGGGUGAGGCCCCCACUCAUUGUGAUCGAAUACGCUGCCCACGGGACCUUGGCGUCGCUGGUUAAGGAGGGCGUUGAACAUAACAAGAGAGACAUUAGGCAGCUCAAACACAAAAUCGCAAUGCAGAUCGCAGAAGGGCUGAUGUACAUCCACCAGUGCAUGAUCGUCUACCGGGACAUGAAACCAGAGAAUGUUCUCAUCUUCAGCCUGUCCCUAGAUUCAACAGUAAACGCCAAAAUAGCUGACUACGGGAUUGCCAGGUUCACAGCCCUUCAAGGCCUCUGUGCCCAGGAAGGCACACCAGGUUUCAGGGCCCCUGAGGUCAUCAACAAGGAAAAUUACUCAUUUCAGGCAGAUAUAUUCUCCUUCGGCCUCACUUUGUUCGUGCUACUCACUGGAAAGCAUCCCUUCCAGUACAUGGACUCCAGCAUGGAAAUGGAUAGAGCCUUAUCAGAGCGGCGUCAAAUCCCUCCACCGGAAACCCACACGACUCACACGUGGCCUGAUAUGCAGCAGGUGAUCAUGGCCUGUCUUAAAUACGAUCCCGACACCCGGCCUACCACAGACAAUCUGUGGGACACAUUGAGGAAGCCAGAGAUCCAUGGUGUGCAUAAAGUGAUCACCGUUUCAAGGUCCACGACUGUGGAAUGCCUUGCUGUGGAGGAGCGGGAAGGCAAACAUGGACUUCGACUGUGGAUUGCUAGUGGCGACUCUGAAUCAUUCCAGCUCUCCUUCUCGGAUUUGAGCGACCCUUCGAGCAAAACUAGGGGCGUCUUCUUUAACCAUGGGCGUGUGCUUUGUAUGCUGUCCCUCGGGUAUAGCCGACUAGCUAUCGGCACACAGCUAGGGCGGGUCUGGCUGUUUGAUACGACAGAUGAAACAUACAAGACGUUACACUCCUCAUUGCAAAUGGAGGGUUCUGUUCUUUGUAUGACAUACUGCAAAAGGAAAACUAAUGACGACACUCUUCUAGUUGGUUUAGCCAAUGGUCGCAUUGCGUUACUGCCAGUCCAAGAACUGAUCCAAGAACCCAACCGGGAGUUGGUGUGUCUGUAUCCGGGAGAGGACUACGAGCCGGUGAAGUGCAUGGUGCGACAGGGCACGCGUGUUUAUGUCACGUGCGGUUCCCAGGUGCUCGUGCUAAAUACAGAAAGGGGAUUUGUCUUUGAUAAGAUUAUUGAAACCGGAGAGAGGCAUCCCUCCGCGGCAGCUAUUCACAGUUUAGCGGUUGUCAAGAGUAUACUUAUAUUGUCCAAGAGAAGUUCGACCGUUGUCGAGGUUUGGGACAUGCACAGUGAAAAACAGUCGCAUACUGUAGAUCUGGUCAAAGCGUGCGGCAUUCCGAACACAGAAGCCAGAAUAACAGCUAUGUCCGCUGACCAGCGGUCGAUAUGGGUGGGCACUCACGGGGGCUACAUAUGCAUAAUUGAUAUCAUGACCUUGAAAAUGGUCAUGGUGACGAGACGGUACACACAGGCCGUGCGCAGUCUUGAGCACGUGAAUAGCUCAGGACCGUUAAAGCAUCGAGCAGUGUUCUCUGGAGGCCUUGGGUACGUGGACGUAUUCCAAGAUACGAAAGAAAAAGAGCGGGCGUACGCUAUGGAAGGGCGGUGUUAACAUAAUCAAUACGCGGAUUGGAAUUAUGGCCCUACUGCUGUCGGUCGUUUCCUUUUGCGAAAACUAUAUAUAAAGCCCGAAAACCUUGCCUAUAUGAUAAACUGUUUGUUGUUGUAUCUAUUUUUUCAUUUAAUUAGCAAAACCACAAUCAAAAAUAUUAAUCAGCAUUGUCAACAUCACAACAAAAAAUAUUAACAACAAUAUCGACACCACAAUCCGACAUAUUAAUAAACAUUAUCAACACGACGACCAGUGUUCUUUCUAAUAAAGUACAUAUCACUAACACAACACUGCAGUUUCAUCAUCAUAAGUUACAGAGGAGUUAUGAUAUAUUUAAAAUACCAAUAACACUAGGAUUGACUUUAUUUACAAUUAUACAGUAUUCAGUACUCCAACUCCUGAAACAGUUAUUAUUUUGCGUGUUUCCUGGUAUUAAAAAUGAUCAUAUGCUAAUCCUAACGUUCGCUUUGAACUCACGUGUAUAAUGUAAAAUAUAAGUGCCAAGAGCUCAUAAGAUUUUUUUCCCAUGUUGAAGUUGCGUUUGAUAAUGGCUUUUUCAUUGAUACUAGAAUGUCACGAAGUCAAUAGAGGAUGAGGGAUGAACACUAUUAUCAUUAUCUUGGUAUUUAAAUGAUCAAAUAUAUUUUAAUGUGUUGAAAAUUCUCCCAUGAACGACGUCCUUUGCAUAAGUACGUUUAUAAUAUCCUCACCAUUGUAGUAUUUUAAUUUCUAGAAAAUUCAGUUAAAGUUCUCUAGUUUUAUUGGCAUAGUCAAAUGCGAAUUAGCAUUCGCGGAAAUGUGAUUGACCAACUAUGUCAUAUUUUACUGGCAGGUUUCUUACAUGGCUGUGUUCUAAUGUGGGAUGCUGACCUGCCGGAAUAUGCGAAAAUGUUGAGGGACUAUGAAAGAAGGCGCCGCGAACUCAGUCGAUCCAGCAAUAAAUUCCCAAAGUGAUACCACGAAUAUGAACGAUACGCCAAAUGGUUAUAGUGUUGCCGUGAUUUAUGUCAACAAUUAUACAUGAUUAGCGAUGCUACAUUCACUUGCAGUAACACCGGGUUUAUGCAUACGCAAAUACAUCUGUCGAAAUAAAGCAAUUUUCCGCCAGGGAUUUCGACUGUGUUUUCAUCGACCCUUCCAAGGAUGUAACUCCAACAUGGUUUCGCAAUAUAAACAUUUAGGCCAAGCGGACUGUGUUAAACUGAUAUGUUUUAUAUAAUACUUUCCUGUGGAUAGCUACGAUGAAAUCGCCUUUAUUUGUGCAUGAACGAUUACUAGUGAGAUUAUUGUUUACUCUGUGCAUGUUGUAUUGUGUGCUUCUUGUUAGUUUUCCAUUGUACGAUCAAACAACACCAUACUAUAUAAUGGAAGUGUCAUUAAAUAGCGCGUUGCUUUAUAAGGAUUCGCAAAUCGGUUGAUCUAAAACCUAACAAACUGUUAACUUACCGAGGUUUGCCAAUGUUUAGAAAUCGACAACACAGACAUGACUCAUUAUCAAUAGUUUGAUUAUCGUUUGACCCUUACAAUAUUUAUGUUUUGUUAUAUUGUUACUCGUCUAUUUAUUACAAUAUGUGUACACGCUUCUCCCCUUAAUUCAUUUCAUUCCAAAAGCAAUGCUAUGCUUGAUAUGUAAGUGUAUGAACUGAAGUGAGAAAAGGCUUCUUUAUAAAAUUCCAAAAAUACAACAGUUCUUUGGCGGCUUAUGGAGUUAUGCAGCGCGAGUGUCAUUAUACACACGACAAACGAUGUUUGAACGAUAUGAGUCGGAAUACCCCACCUGCCUGCUAUAUAUUGGCGUCACAAGUUUACCGAAUAUCGACCUCAAACAACAACCACUCAAUGAACGACCAGCAAUCGUCCGUUGACCGUUCGCCUGUUGCUGUCAUUAUCUAAAUCUUGUCGGAACAGUCACAGCAUUAAACUAGACAUGCCCUAUAU